UUACAUAUGCAUACUUACACUAGCCGUUGGCUGGCCAAUUCAACUUUACUCUCAUCAAGAAAUCUUCUUCCCUUAAUUUCUUCCAUUUCAUUCCCAAAACAACCUCCGAGAAAAGGUUAAAGGAUCUCAUACAAGUAGGAUAUACAUAAAAGUGACCAUUACUAGCUAGAGAAGUACUUUUCUACCUUUGCUUGUUUUUUUUUUUUUUUUAAUAUUUCACUUCAUGGAUUGCGUAGUUUUGCCGGUUGCAAUCUUGACAAGGCGGUGCUCCGGCCGAUUACUUGGCUAUAGGCCACUAGCCGAAGAUUAUGGUGAUUCAGAUGAUCUGAUAACUGUGCUGGUGGGAAAAGAGAAGAGAGAAUUCUUGGUGGAGCCAUUUGUGUUGGAAGAAAGUCCAUUUAGAAUUUUGAUUGACAUGGUGAGGAAAGAAGAUAGAGGAAGAGUAAAGGAAAAUAUUAGAACAAAGAAAGUAAUUUAUGUGGAUGUGGAUGCUAUAUUGUUUGAGCACAUGUUAUGGUUGAUGCAAAAUGAUUGCUCUUCUUUGUUUAAGCUCAAUCUUAAGGAGAUCAUUGAAUUCUAUGCCCAAGAUAUAUAGUUGAAAUGAAGAGACAAUUGAUUACUUAUUAAUCAUUAUGAAGAUAACAAAUUAAAGAGGUACUAUAUAUGAGUACUGUUUUUCCUUCUUCCUUUUUACUCUUUUUUUGGUAGGACUUUUUUGGUCUUAAUUUAACUCAAGUUUACAUUAUGGGGUUGACCAAAAUGUUUCGAACAGAAAAGAUACUAUGGACAUGUAGAAACAAUUGAUACUUCGCAAAAAAGAAUGUAUAUCAAAUUAGCUAUUAAUUAAUAGCUAGUAUACUUUGGUUUCUCUUGUAUGUAAUUUCCAUCUAAUAUAAUGGUGCUUCUAAAUUUAUGAUUA